UUCCCGCGUUCCCCUCUCCCUCCCCCUCCCCCCUCUCCGGCGAUGAGCUCAGGCGGACGCGGCGGCAAGCGGCGAGGGGCGCCGCCCCCGGGGCCAUCCGGGGCGGCGGCGAAGCGGGCCCACCCCGGUGGCACCCCGCAGCCGCCUCCGCCCGCCGCGACGGCGGCGGCGCCCGUGGCGGAGGAGGAGGACAUGAUGGACGAGGACGUCUUCCUCGACGAGACCAUCCUGGCGGAGGACGAGGAGGCGUUGCUGCUGCUCGACCGGGACGAGGCCCUCGCCUCACGCCUCUCCCGCUGGAGGCGCCCCGCGCUCCCCGCCGACCUAGCGUCCGGCUGCUCGCGCAAUGUUGCUUUUCAGCAGCUGGAGAUAGAUUAUGUUAUUGGUGAGAGCCACAAAGUACUGCUCCCCAACUCAUCUGGUCCUGCAGCUAUACUCAGGAUAUUUGGCGUAACUAGAGAAGGUCACAGUGUAUGCUGCCAAGUGCAUGGAUUUGAGCCAUAUUUCUACAUCAGUUGUCCAAUGGGGAUGGGCCCUGAUGAUAUUUCACGCUUCCACCAAACACUAGAGGGGAGGAUGAAGGAUUCAAAUAGGAACAGCAACGUGCCAAGGUUUGUGAAGAGAAUCGAACUUGUGCAGAAGCAGACAAUCAUGCAUUACCAACCACAGCAAUCUCAGCCUUUCCUCAAGAUAGUGGUUGCUUUGCCAACAAUGGUUGCUAGUUGUCGCGGCAUCCUGGAAAGGGGCAUAACAAUUGAAGGCCUUGGUUCGAAGAGUUUUCUGACAUAUGAAAGCAACAUUCUUUUUGCACUUCGCUUCAUGAUUGACUGCAAUAUUGUUGGUGGUAAUUGGAUUGAAGUUCCUGCCGGAAAGUAUAUGAAGGCAGCUCGUAUCAUGUCCUAUUGUCAGCUAGAGUUGGAUUGCCUAUAUUCGGAUUUGGUAAGCCAUGCUGCUGAAGGAGAACAUUCUAAGAUGGCUCCAUUUCGCAUAUUAAGUUUUGAUAUUGAAUGUGCCGGUCGCAAAGGUCACUUCCCAGAACCAACUCAUGAUCCCGUUAUUCAGAUAGCUAACUUGGUCACCCUUCAAGGAGAAGGACAACCUUUUGUACGCAAUGUUAUGACGCUUAAAUCAUGUUCUCCCAUUGUUGGAGUUGAUGUUAUGUCAUUUGACACAGAGAGGGAUGUUCUACUUGCUUGGAGGGAUUUCAUACGUGAAGUGGACCCUGAUAUUAUUAUUGGAUACAAUAUCUGCAAAUUUGACUUACCCUAUCUUAUUGAGAGAGCUGAAGUUCUUAAGAUAGUAGAGUUUCCAAUACUUGGACGAAUCAGAAAUAGUCGUGUUCGUGUCCGUGACACAACUUUCUCUUCAAGGCAAUAUGGUAUGCGUGAAAGUAAAGAUGUAGCAGUGGAAGGAAGAGUACAAUUUGAUCUUCUGCAGGCUAUGCAACGGGAUUACAAGCUUAGUUCUUAUUCAUUAAACUCUGUAUCUGCACAUUUCCUCGGGGAGCAAAAAGAGGAUGUUCAUCACUCAAUUAUAUCUGAUCUUCAAAAUGGGAAUUCAGAGACACGAAGACGGCUUGCGGUUUAUUGUUUGAAGGAUGCCUAUCUUCCACAACGACUGCUAGAUAAGUUGAUGUAUAUCUACAACUAUGUGGAAAUGGCAAGAGUCACUGGAGUUCCCAUUUCAUUUCUUCUUUCAAGGGGACAGAGCAUUAAGGUCCUCUCACAGCUACUCAGGAAAGCAAAACAGAAAAACCUUGUUAUACCAAAUAUAAAGGGUCAAGCGUCUGGACAGGAUACCUUUGAAGGUGCAACUGUUUUGGAGGCAAGGGCUGGAUUUUAUGAGAAACCCAUUGCGACUUUGGACUUUGCUUCGUUGUAUCCAUCCAUCAUGAUGGCAUAUAACCUAUGCUACUGUACUUUGGUCCCCCCUGAGGAUGCCCGCAAACUCAACCUGCCUCCAGAAAGUGUCAACAAAACCCCAUCUGGUGAAACAUUUGUGAAACCAGAUGUGCAAAAGGGUAUACUUCCUGAAAUCCUUGAAGAAUUGUUGGCUGCUCGGAAAAGGGCGAAAGCAGAUUUGAAGGAAGCAAAGGAUCCAUUUGAAAGGGCCGUUCUUGAUGGUCGUCAGCUUGCCCUAAAAAUAAGCGCAAACUCUGUCUAUGGUUUUACUGGAGCGACUGUUGGUCAAUUACCUUGUUUAGAAAUUUCUUCAAGUGUGACCAGCUAUGGUCGACAGAUGAUUGAACAUACAAAAAAGCUUGUUGAAGAUAAAUUCACGACACUUGGAGGCUAUGAGCACAAUGCAGAGGUCAUCUAUGGAGAUACUGAUUCUGUAAUGGUACAGUUCGGUGUUUCUACUGUUGAGGACGCAAUGAAGCUAGGAAGAGAAGCUGCAGACUACAUUAGUGGAACAUUUAUUAAGCCCAUCAAGCUUGAGUUUGAGAAGAUCUAUUUCCCUUAUCUACUGAUUAGCAAGAAGAGAUAUGCUGGUUUGUACUGGACAAAUCCUGAGAAAUUUGACAAAAUGGACACGAAAGGUAUUGAAACAGUGAGAAGGGACAACUGUUUAUUAGUAAAGAACCUGGUUACUGAGUGCCUUCAUAAAAUACUAGUGGACAGAGAUGUUCCUGGUGCAGUUCAAUAUGUCAAGAACACCAUUUCUGAUCUACUAAUGAACCGUGUAGACUUAUCUCUUCUAGUUAUAACAAAGGGUUUGACUAAAACAGGAGAGGAUUAUGCUGUCAAAGCUGCCCAUGUGGAGCUUGCUGAGAGAAUGCGAAAGAGGGACGCUGCUACUGCUCCUACUGUUGGUGACCGGGUUCCUUAUGUUAUAAUCAAAGCAGCAAAAGGGGCAAAGGCAUAUGAGAGGUCAGAAGAUCCUAUUUAUGUUUUGGAUAAUAACAUACCAAUAGAUCCCCAAUACUACCUUGAGAACCAAAUCAGCAAACCACUUUUGAGGAUCUUUGAGCCGAUUCUGAAGAAUGCCAGUAGAGAGCUGCUUCAUGGAAGUCACACCAGGGCUGUUUCAAUCUCAACUCCUUCAAAUAGUGGAAUAAUGAAAUUUGCAAAGAAACAAUUGACAUGCCUCGGAUGCAAAGCAGUUAUAAGUGGUUCCAAUCAAACGCUUUGCUUUCAUUGCAAGGGAAGAGAAGCAGAGUUAUACUGCAAAACUGUAGGAAACGUUUCUGAGCUGGAGAUGCUCUUUGGGAGGCUCUGGACGCAGUGCCAGGAGUGCCAAGGCUCCCUUCAUCAGGACGUUCUCUGCACAAGCCGGGAUUGUCCUAUUUUCUACCGCCGAAGAAAGGCGCAGAAGGAUAUGGCUGAAGCUAGAGUACAGCUUCAACGUUGGGACUUCUGAGUCCUCUCAUACUGACGGAGUACUACUUUCCCCAAAUAUUGCGAAACCAUUACUGUGAGGCACGCCAUUGCGGGAUCAUGUGAUUGCAUCUUCAUGCAUGAUGGCUCUGGCUUGUUUAGUUGGAUCGGCUGAAAUAGCUUUGUUCUACGGUCAGUUUGUUGUAUUUUUAGGUGGUAGGUUAUCUGUACCUCUAGCCGCUAACAGGGUAAUCUAGUUGCUUCCCUUGGUGCAUUGAUGCAGCCAUGUGUAAGGUAGAUAAACAAUUUUUUUUCAUCAUCUUUUAACUUCAUGAGGUGAUUGAGGCUGAGAAGCACCCAUUCAAGAAAUCCCACCAUGUGAAUCUUUUUAACUUCUAGGCUAUUUUCACAUAAUGUA